CUUUUUGUCUGAAUCAGUUGUUGCAGAGGAUGACAGGUGUUUUCCUACAGCUUACAGUGGCCUUAUGCCCAAGCUAAAGCCUUCAAGGUGGCAAGUGAGAAUUUUUCAUUGUCCAAGAUACAAAAUGUCGGGAAGUGACAGCCCUUCCAGUGGUUGUUGCAGUGGGAUCAAUACUCAGAGGAAACAGUACGGUAUAACUUGUACCUUCGCCGUGUUUGCGGCUUUGAACGGUAUCAUGAUGUACAUGGGAAUCCAAGCGAUCCAUAUCUGUCCGGCUGAGCGGAUGGUGCCCAACUACCUCAUUGUUGCCGGAAGUCUGAGCUUAAGUCUGCUCUUGGUUCGACUGGUGGUCUCUCAUUUGUUGAUCCCAUAUUUGGAACAAUCUCAAUCUCCGUUGAUGGAUCAAGACGGCCUUGAGGCCUCGCAAGUUCGAGAGAAGGCCUUGGUUGGCACUUGGUUCUUGAGCGUACUCACCAUUUACGACAGCUUCGCCUCCGUGUUCAGUACGAUUUGGUUGGUGGUUGGAAGCAUCUAUGUUUAUGGCGUGUCGCCGGACUUUCAACACCGAGAUUCGCCGAAAUAUUGCGACUACAAUGCCUACAUGUUUGCAUUUGUGGUGAUCACCAUUGGGUACAUUUCGUUGGGAUUGAGUAUCUUGGCGGCUCUAUUUGCUUGUGUUUGUCGAUCCAACCGGGAAUGAUGGGCAAAAACAGACAAUGCAAUGCAUUUUAUUUGAGUAUUUUUGCCCUUUCCUUCAAAUCAAUGCUGUGACGAAUAAAUGAGGAAAGAAUA